AUGAUGAGGACCCAAGGCUCAUUCCUUCUCUUUUCGGCAACAUUGCUCAUUGGGUUGUUUAAACAGAAUCAUAAUAAGAAGGGCAAAAAAAAAAAAAAAAAGGAAAAGUCCAUGGCCAACACUCUCUUCGCUGCCAUUGACAUGGGCACCAAUGCCUUCAAGCUUCUCAUAGUUCAAGCUCAUCUCCCAGGCAAAUUUAUCCCUCUUUUAACCGUCAGAGAGCAUGUCGUUUUAGGCCGCGAUUCGCCUUCUUCCACCAUCUCCACCCAUUCCCAAAACCUCUCUAUCAAAUCCCUUCAGAAUUUCAAUAAGCUUAUUCAAACCCAUAAUGUUCCCCUACUCCACACUCGCUGCGUCGCCACAUCUGCUGUCCGCGAAGCCCAAAACAAGGCCGAAUUCAUUCACUCAAUCUCUGAAACCACCGGGUUCAAAGUUGAUGUUUUAUCAGGCGAAGAGGAAGCCCGAUUCUCUUAUCUGGGCGCUCUCCAAUUUUUUCCGGUUUUUGAGAAUUUGGUUUUGAACAUCGAUAUCGGAGGUGGGUCAACUGAGUUUGCUAUUGGGUUGCGUGGAAAGGUCGAAUUUUGUUUGUCUUUAAAGCUUGGCCACGUUACUUUGACUCAACAGAAUUUCGGGGAUGAAGAAGCUGAAAGAGCUUCGAAUAUGAGGGAGUAUAUUAGGAAUGUCAUUAAGGAAUCUGGGUUAAUUGACAAGGUUAAAAACAUUGGGUUUGAAAUAGCUUUGGGGUCAUCAGGGACGAUAAGAGCCAUUGAGAAAGCAGUUUUCAAAGGGUAUGCAUUAGAUUUUGCUGAUACCGAAGCUUUGCUUAGUGAAUGUAAAAGGGAUUGGAAGUUUAGUAUAGAGGAAUUAAAGAGUGUUGUUGAGAGGUUAUGUAAGGGAGGAGAAGGACAAAACGUAAGGAGAGAUGGGUUUUUUAAGAGAAGAUCAGAGUCCAUUGUUGCUGGUGGGAUUUUGUUGGAUGAGAUAUUUGAUCUGCUUGGGAUUAAAGAAAUGUUGGUUUCUGGUUAUGGAUUGAGAGAAGGUUUGAUAGCUGAUAGUUUAGCUAAGGUCUUUGAUGAUGGUUAUGAUUUGAAUGCCAACGCUCGGUUUCGGUCCAUUUUACGGCUUGCUACAAGGUUUAAUAGCAAAAGGAUAACCACUUCUGCUGCUGAAAUUGCUAGCAUUGCAAGGGAGAUUUUUGAAGGCUUAAGAAAAUACAAGGAGCUUGAUAACGAUGGAAUUAACCUUACUGUUGAUUUAGAUGAAAAAGAUCUGGAAAAUCUUGAGGCUGCAUGUUUACUUCACAAUAUAGGGCUCUCCACUGGUAAAAAGGGUUACCAUAAGAAGUCAUAUCACAUUAUCAUGAAUGGAAAUCAUCUUCGUGGUUAUAGUGCUGAGGAGGUCAAGUUAAUAGCUCUUCUUACAAGACACCAUAGGAAGAAAUUACCCAAGUUGGAUGAUGCUUCUUUUAAUGAGUUAGAAGAGGCAAAGCAGAAAUUCAAAGUUCUUUGUGCAAUUAUACGUUUAUCUGUUGUGUUACAUCGGAAUGGAUACAUAAACUACAGAGAAAUGGAUUUCUCACAUUCUCAUGAAGGUUUCAAGCUGGUUAUUGGGGAAGAAAGGGGUCUGAAUCAUCAGCCAGUUGUCGAGCAAUGUGUGACUGAUAAAUUUGCAGUAGAACUAACACAUGAAUUAGAUUAUUUUAAAAAGGUGUUGAAGCAAGAAUUGUCUGUUGAACUUAAAGCACCGCCAUUCUGUUCAAACGAAUCAUCAAAAGGAAGUUACUAAUUAAAGAGCUGCUGUUUGUUCAUGAUUGAGACCGAGUCCUAAAGCAGUUCAAAUCGGACUCUCUGAAAUGAAGAAUACACUUGCUAUGUUCUGAGGGGUAAUCCAAAUAUCUAUAAAUCUAUGAAGCAUGGAUACGGACACACAGCAAUUUUUAAAAACUGAGGACACGGAUACGGCAGGAUACAGCAAUAAAAGAUAUUAAAAAUAUUUUUAUAUAUAUUUUAUGUGAAAAUACUUUAUGUAAAUGAAAAUAUUGAUAUUUUUCAUUAAUAUAUAAUCAAUUUUUUUCUAUUAAA